UCCAACUUUCAUCUACCGCCACUUUCUUUCAACCUACCCUAACCUCUCUCUCUCUCUCUCAAAAUGAAGCAAGUUGAUCUCGAAACGCUCGUUUCAGCAUGCGCCGGCGGAGGUGUAGACAGGAAAAUUGCCUGCGAAACGCUUGCCGACGGCGAGAAACCGCCAGAACAGGACGACCCAUCAACGGAAUUACCGCCGGAUUUUCCGCCGGAAUCUUUCUGGCUUUCUAAAGACGCAGAGUACGACUGGUUCGAUCGCAACGCAUUCCUAGAACGCAAGGAGUCAACUAAGGGAAAUUCUAACUUCUAUUCAAACGUAUUUCCUUCUUCUAAUUCCUCUUCCCAACGAUUCUCUUCAAAUUUAAAGUCCAAAACUGGAAUUAUUGGAUUACCAAAGACUCAAAAAACUGCCUUUGUUGAUUCAUCAACUCGUCGGAUCUGUAAACAUGCGAAUGUCAGUCUAUUUCCUAAACGAUCAGAAUCCAUGGCUAAAUCGGCAGUGGUGGUUACUGAGCCUUCAUCGCCUAAUGUUUCUUGUAUAGGUAGAGUAAGAUCGAAAAAAGGCCGUCGCCGACGGUCCAAGGAUAAAGACAAGGACAAGACCAACACCGCCGCCGCGAACCAGGUGGAGAAAAGCAGAUCAACGGGUAAGUAUCAGACGAAGAAGAAGAAGGGAAUAUACAUGAAGAUUGUCGGGAUAUUCCGAUCGGAUAGAAAGAAAAAGAAGGAGGUGGUUGAUAAAAACCGGCAACAAUCAAAGGAGGAAGAAACUCCGAGGACUAGUUCCUCAGCCGUAGAAGAGUUUUCUCCGGCGACAGUGACGGCGGCGGUUAAUUGUGAACCACCCGGUUUGGGAGGAAUGAAGCGGUUCACAUCUGGUCGUAGAUCAACGUCGUCAGUUGACGAAGAGACGGGACGCCGUGAAUAAUCGGCCGACGUGUGGGGCCCGUCGGAGGAAAAUAAUCGCAAUUGGCGCGCGUUCUAUUGGUCGUGUGUGAUUUACGUUUCUAUUCCUAUAGUUGAAUAAAUACAAAAUCCGCUUAAAUUAUUUUACCUUCACUUUUCUUCUCAUUAUUAAUAUUUAUUUGUCUUAUUUGUGGAAAAAUAUGGGUGUUUUUUCCUA